UUCAUGUCGGUCAGGCAGCAGCGUGUGUGUGUGUGUGUGUACGUACGUACGCGCGCACAUCCCAGCCUCACAGCCAGCCUGCUUCGCCGAGAUGUUGGAAGCGAGUUGUGGUUUAAGUACUCGUGGCUGCUUUUCGUCUGAGCUGGUCGCCUCGCGUGGUGGCGCCGGGCUAGGCUCGUAAACGUAUUUGGAUUUUUGGAUAACGUUUUUUUUGGAUUCGCACGGGAGGAACAUUACGAUCGAGUGAGUGAGUGCCAAUAGAGAAGGAGCGAACUGUGAAGGAGUUAGCGACGCCGGACAUUUCUGUUGUUUGGAUUCACGCGGGAGAAACAGCACGAUCGACCGCAAACGGCGAAAAAUUGAGUGAAAAGGAGCAAACAGUGAGGCGACUUGUGUGCUGCCGUGUUUCUCUAGUGUAUAGGUGCUCGCCCGAGAAUUCUGCACGAGGGGAGAGCGGUGGAGAAAACGUGCAAUCCUAUACGGAACGUAAUCGCUCCCCGCACCGCUCCCAUUGUGAGCCUAAGCAAACAGCAUUCCAUUAGCCGAAAGAAGCCCGAGAGGCAUUCAAGUAGGUGCUCUCCUCUCUCUCCCUCCCCCUCUUCUUCUCUCUUCUCAUCUCUCCGCUCUGCCUCCCCCUUCCUAUCUCCUCUCAUCUCUCCGCUCUGCCUCUCCCCUCCCUUCUCUCCCCUCCUCGCUCUCUUCGCUUCACGGACUAACAAGACAUUGAAGCGGUAGAGCUUCACCGCAGAACAUGGCGACGCCAGCUCCUUUGCUUCUCACGCACGUCGUCGUGCUGCUGCUGACGGUGGCAACGAUUCCGACGGCGUCCGACGAAUGCCUCUCGUUCCAGCUUCCGUGUCGCUGCUACCAGCUGCACAGCAAGCUGUACGUAGACUGCGCUGACAUCCACUUCGCCACCGUGCCCGUGUUCCCGUCCAACACGACCAUGGAGAAUCUCGACAUGCGGAGCACGGGUCUGAAGCUGCUGCCCGGACAAGGCUUCCACGGACCGCGCAUCCGCACCCUCGACCUCUCGAGCAACCAGAUCAGCGUCGUCUCGUCUCAGGCGUUCGCCGGACUCGGGAACUGCCUCGAGGAGCUCGACCUGAGUCGAAACCUCAUCAGCGAGAUACCGGAGGCGACGUUCGUCAACCUCAAACUGCUGAAGAAGGUGAUCCUGCUCGAAAACCCGCUGGCGCGAAUCACCGCCAACGUCUUCAGAGGCGUCGCGGGCAGUUUGUUAGAGUUAUACCUGUCCGGCGGGCCCGGGAGCUACCUGGGGCCAGGUGUGGUGCCGACUGCCGUGCGCAACCUUGGCAAUCUGCAGCUACUGAAGCUGCACUCGUGCGAUAUCAGCGAGCUGACGAGUCAUGAUCUCAUUGGACUCGCUCACCUGCAGACGCUGAACAUGACGGCGAACGACAUCGCCGAACUACCGCGCGGCAUGUUCUCGUUCGUUCCCAAUCUGAGGACGUUGAACAUCGGCCGGAACAAGCUGACGCUGCUGAACGCCAGCAUGUUCCACGGCCUCGAGUCGUCGCUGGAGAUCAUGGACGUCAGCGAGAACCGAAUCGCGAGGAUCGCCCCGAACACGUUCGGCAGUUUCCGGAGGCUGCGUGUGCUCAACCUGAAAAGCAACCGCAUCAGCUCGAUAGCUGGCACCGCCUUCCUCGGACUCGCCCUCACGCUACGCCAGCUCAACCUCGACGGAAACUUUCUGCGGCAGCUACCAGGUGGCGCUCUGAACACUCUCACCGAUCUGGAGGUCGUGAGUGCGAAAUACAACCGCAUUAAGGCGAUAGCGAGGAGCGACUUGCAGGGCAUAUCGGAGAGCAUCAAGAUGAUCGACCUGCGCUACAACUACGUCAGCAGCCUGCCGGCGCGGCUCUUCCACAAGUGCCGCAGCCUCGAGUGGCUCGACCUGUCCGAGAACAACAUCACGGACGUGCGCGGUGAGGCGCUGCACGGGCUGAGGAACGUGCGCAUGCUGUCGCUAGCGAAGAACGGCCUGCGACACAUCAACGGACAGACGUUCGCUCAGCUCGCGAGCCUCAACACGCUCGACCUGUCGCACAACUACAUCGGUUACGUUCCCGACGACGCGUUCGCCGGCCUCAACGACACGCUGGCGGCGCUCUACCUGCAGCACAACGCGCUCAGCUACUUCCCGCGCGUGGCGCUGCAGUCGCUCAACAAUCUCGUCGAGGUGCGGCUGUCGUACAACGAGAUCUCGCGCGUCGGUUCGGCCGACUUCUACGACUUCAAUCCGGCGAUGCGCGGCAUUUACCUCGACGGCAAUCGUCUGACGACGUUUCCGAUCUCGACGCUGCAGCACUUUCACAACCUGCGCGUCAUCAACCUUGCCAACAACGCGAUCGCUGCGAUCACGCGCGACGCCUACAUGCUGACGGACAUGCAGAGCCACGUCGAUACGCUCGUGCUACAGAACAACCGCCUGACGGAGUUCCCCGCCGAGCAGCUGGCGACCGUCAAGCGUCUGCGCAUGCUCAACAUCAACAAGAACCGCAUUAGCAGCGUCCCCUCGGACGUGCUGCGCCACCUACCGGCGCUCGAGACGCUCUACCUGAGCGGCAACAACAUCACGUCGCUCGACAACACGGCGUUCGCUUGCAGCAGCGGCCGCGAGAUGGCGCUGCAUCACCUCGACCUGUCGCGCAACCAGAUCACGGCGGUGACGGGUAACAUCUUCCGGCAGCUGCGCGCGCUGCGCAGCGUCGACAUGAGUCAUAACAACGUCAGCGUCAUCUUCGCGGCGACGUUCAGCACGCCGCUGCUGCAGUCGAUCAACCUCGAGCAGAACAACAUCUAUAAGAUCCAGGACUCGGCGUUCGAGAACCUCACGCAGCUGCGCUAUCUGAACAUGAAGGGAAACUUUCUGACGUUCGUCCACAAGCGCUUCUGGAACAACUGCCGCCUGCAGAUACUGUUUCUCACGAACAACCGCAUCAGUAGCGUCGAGGAGGGAUCGCUGGACGAGCUGCGCGGACUGACGACGUUCGACAUAUCUCGUAAUCCGAUCUCGGAUAUCCCCGCCUCGCUCUUUAACACGAUGUCACAUGCGAAGCAUAUCUCGCUGAGUGGCUGCAAUCUGACGAGAAUCCACGAAGGACAGUUCGCCUCUCUUCGCAAUCUACUGACGAUCAAUCUCAGUAAUAAUUCCAUUGAGACCGUACACCAGAAUGCAUUCUACGGCGCACUGGCCAUGCGUGAGCUGUACUUACAGGACAACCGAUUAGCGCACCUUCCGGACAGACUGCUGCAGAGUCUGUACAGGCUGCACACGCUCAAUCUGGCGGGAAAUCGCAUCCGGGACAUCGAUGCGCGCGUCUUCGGCGUUCCCAUAAUGCCGCUGAACACUGUCGACUUGAGCAACAAUUUGCUCGCUGAGGUUCCGACGGGUCUCUUCCAGCCGCUCAAGUACAGCCUCUUCAAUCUCGACCUGUCGCGCAAUCAGCUGAGAUCCCUGCGCUCGCGGCAGUUCGCCGAGCUGGCGAUACUCGCGCGACUCGAUCUGUCGAACAACGCCAUCGUCAGCGUCGAGAAUUCGGCGUUCGGCGGCCUCAACAACAUCAUCAACAUUAAUUUGGCGAGCAACGCCUUGCGAUCGAUCACGGAGACCAGCUUCGCCGGCAUCGGCAGUAAGCUGUACAAGCUCGAUCUCAGCAACGCGUCGCUCGCCGACGUGCCGCGACUCGCCAUCCCCGAACUGCGCAUCCUGCAUCUGAGCAACAACCGUCUGCGUGCGCUCGCCGCUGACAGCAUCGUCUGCGCGAAGUUGCGCGUUCUCUACCUGAACAGCAACAAGCUGGGCGGCGUGCCGGAGACGUGGCGCUCUCUGCCGGCGCUCACGUCGCUCAUACUCGCCGACAACCCGAUCGAGCGCAUCACAGCGACGUCGUUCGUCGGCCUGCCUCGCCUCACGCUGGCGCACAUAGAGAACCUUCCCCGCCUCGCGAGCGUCGCCACGGCGGCGCUAGACCCGCUACAGAACCUCGAGUAUCUGAUGAUGUACAACUACGGCAGUCUGCCGCGGCUCGACGUCGCCACGCUGCUGUCAAAGCUCACCAACCUGCGGCAGGUCUACGUCGAAAUCAAGGACGUGAUACUCGACAGCCAGCUGCACCUGGCGUUCAAGAACAACGCCAAGCUGAACUCGCUGACGGUGUUCGGACCGCGACUGAAGUGGAUCACGAAGAACGCCUUCGUCGGCUUCACGGCCGGUAGCCUGGGGAUCAUGAACACCAGCGUCAUGUCGCUGCCAGACGACUUGUUCGCCUAUCCGCAGAUCAGAGGCCUGUACCCUCUUGACCUGCGCAACAACCGACUGCGUCUCAUCGGCAGCGAGUUGUUCAAGGUGCCGACGAUGCGCGUCGACAACCUCUAUCUCGAUGACAACGAGUUUCUCUGCGACUGCAGCAUCACGCCGUUUCGGCUGUGGCUGGACGUGUGGCUGCGCACGCACGCGCACGCGCGCGCUAACCUUGAGAGGGUUGUUUGCAGCGAACCGGACGCGUUCAACGGUGUUCCCACGAGAAACGAGUCGAUCGUCGGUCUCGACUUGACACGCAUGGGCUGCGUCGCGCCGCCGCCGACGCUGCUGCCCGCGACGACGAGCACGUCGGAAGGGAGCGUCGCUGACGCUGGACGCGUGACGCAGCCAAGUGACGCGAAGGUGACGGAAUCGCGAGUGACUACUAUUUCAUUAGCCGCGGUCGCUAGUGACGCACAAUGUGCGACGACUGCGUCACUGCGUCAGACUGUUGUGUUCUUGUCGUGCGGGGCAAUAGUGACACUGAUAUUACGACGACGCAUUUGAGAGGUGUGACACUUAUCUCAGCAUGAACCUGAACAUAUAGAUGUGGCUGCCCGCCAAAAUAUGGAUGCGUGGUGUGAAAUACAACGAACGCACGUUCACGCACGAACAACUAACGCGUGCUGCAACGUGAAAAAAACUAUACAAAAAUGGAAACUUAAAGUGGCAUCUUCAGUAAAAAUACAGGCUGAACUAUAUAACAAAAGGUAUAUAGUAUGUAGCUCGUGUAAUAUGUCAUAUAUCACGUGUGUCACCUAUCACAUAAUUCACGUAUAUAUUACAUGUUUUACAUAAACACACACACACUCACACGCACACGCACACUCACACGCACACACG